GCGAGCUUUACCAGAGUUUUUCAAUAACAAGAAUAAAUCGAAAACUCCCGAAAUAUACCUAGCAUACCGAAAUUUCAUGAUUGAUACAUAUAGACUUAAUCCAACUGAAUACAUGACGAGUACCGCAGCUAGGCGCAAUUUGGCUGGUGAUGUUUGUGCAAUUAUGAGAGUUCAUGCAUUUUUGGAGCAAUGGGGUCUUAUUAACUAUCAAGUUGAUGCUGAUAGUAGACCAACUGCAAUGGGGCCACCACCUACAUCUCAUUUUCAUAUUCUAUCUGAUACACCCUCUGGUCUACAACCUGUUAAUCCUCCUAGAACUCAACAACCUUCAGCUGCUAAAACACUUUUAGAUUUAGAGAAAAAGCCUGUAAUAGCAGAUAAAGAUGCUGGUCAUCACCCUGAACCAUUAUCUAGUUUUGGGCUUAAAUUAGAUCAAUAUGCCAAAAAACCUGGUUUAUUACGAAAUAAAACAGCUGCUGGUAUGACAAGAGAUUGGACUGAACAGGAAACUUUAUUACUACUUGAAGGAUUAGAAAUGUAUAAGGAUGAUUGGAACAAAGUUUGUGAACAUGUUGGCACAAGAACUCAAGAUGAAUGUAUAUUACAUUUUCUUCGUUUACCCAUAGAAGAUCCGUACUUAGAAGAUUUUGAAACUGGUGGUGCUCUGGGUCCUUUGUCAUAUCAACCAAUUCCAUUUAGUAAAUCUGGUAAUCCUAUUAUGUCUACUGUGGCUUUUUUGGCAUCAGUAGUGGAUCCUAGAGUUGCUGCUGCUGCAGCUAAAGCUGCUAUGGAAGAAUUUGCUGCGAUUCGAGAUGAAGUUCCUUCAGCUUUGAUGGAUGCUCACGUUAAAAACAUUGAAGCAGCUACUGCAGAUGGAAAAUAUGAUCCAGCUGUUGGACUUUUACAGAGUGGUAUUGCAGGCACUUUCCCAGAAAAAGAAGAAGAAAAUGAAAAAGAAAAGAAGGAACCAGAAGAUGUCAAAGAUCCGUCAUUGACAACAGAUAAUGACAAAUCCAUUCGAGCUGAUAAAGAAGGAGUCUCCGAUAAAGAUAAAGAGCAACCUAUGGAUGUUGACAAGAAACCUUGUGAAGAAACUACAGCCAGUACACAGUCUACUACUGUUAACCGUACUGCAGAAGAAGAACCUGAACGAAUAGUUAAGGACUCUGAAGUACAAGCUGCUGCUGCUGCAGCAUUAGCCGCAGCUGCCGUCAAAGCAAAACAUUUAGCUGCAGUAGAAGAAAGGAAAAUAAAAUCCCUUGUUGCAUUAUUAGUAGAGACUCAAAUGAAAAAACUAGAGAUAAAGCUAAGACACUUUGAGGAAUUAGAAACAACUAUGGAAAGAGAACGUGAAGGGUUGGAAUAUCAGAGGCAGCAGUUGAUACAAGAGCGACAACAAUUUCAUUUAGAACAGCUAAAAGCCGCUGAAUUCAGAGCACGUCAACAGGCCCAUCAUAGACUACAAGCCACAGGUGUUCCUCCCUCGGUCCCAAAUCCAGAACAUGUAGCUCCUGCAUCACCUGCACCUCCAAUGGCCACAUAAAAUAUGCAUUUCCAGAAUUACAAAGCCUUAUAAUGUAUAUUAUGAUAUGUGGCCUGUUUGAAUUCUGGAUUAGUCGCCGAUUAUUUAAAAUCAAUACUGUAAGUACUUUUGUAUUCACUUGUAUAUAUUUAGUGACUUUUAUGGUCUUACUGUAAUAGUUGAUUUAAUUAGUAUGUAUCAAUGUAUUAUUAAAUGUAUUCUAGAAAUAGGUGCAUAUAAAUAUAUUGACUUGUACUGUUAGAAUAAAAAACAAAAAUUACAUAAUUAAUUUGUUGUAAUGAAAAUUUAACAAAGAAAAAACUGUUUUAUUUAUUAUUUUCAUAUUUUUAUGUGUUACAAUUUUAUUUCACGUGCUGUUUUGCUACAUUACUGAUUUAAUGAAGUUUUGCGCAGUUUCGACAACUACUUUGUAUAACUGUAUUUACGACUGUAUAAUUUAAUUCAACUAAAAUGUAAGUCAUUUUUAUAUUAGAUAAUAUAUACUAACAAAAUAUUUAAAAGUCGUGUAUUUUUCAUUUAUUUUUUUUUUUUUUGUAUGUGAUGAGAUAAACAAAUAUAAAUGCAUUUAAUGUAUUUUCAAAAUACACGAUCAUUACCUACUAGUAUUUAUUGAAAAUUUAUUUAUAUUUGUAUUUCCUUAUUUUCUUAUGGUUGGCAUACAAAUACAAGUUUGUUCUGAUUCAAA